GGCCCUGUUUUGAGAAUGUUUUAGGUUUAGGUUAAUGACAUUCGAAAAAAAAAAAAAGUGUCAAGAUUAGCAAAUUUAGUUCAAAAUAUUCUGUCUUUUUGACACUAAAUACAACAGGACAAAGUUGUUUUUCAUUUAAAAAAAAAAAAAACAUUAGCCUGUUUUCAUGGGUCCAGAUGAAGUACUUGAUGGACUUUAUUCGUGACUAUUUUGCCCAACAUUUUGUUUCCAGGUGCGUGGAUGGGGAAGACGCAAGUCACAAGUACCGUUUACCAAAAAACAAAACAAAAAAACCUUCGCUUGUGACGUCACCGGAAUUCCCCACAACUGCUGGUUGAGAAAAUAUUUUCAGGCUCUCAUGCGCUCUAAUGAGCGUUUUUCUUGUUUUAAGCUUUGCUCAAACCCUGUGGUGGUUUAUUAGCGUGCCAUCGAAACUUAGCUUCUUGGGCGGCUACUUUCACUUUCGUUGUUGGCUCCAGCAAUUCGCCGAGUACGAACCUUCAAGCGUCUUUUUCGGCCGAAACUGGGCAAAGAACAAAGUGCUCCAAUGGUUCUUACAUGGUGGGACAAACUGCGAUUCGCAUUUGCUGCCUGGUAAGAUCAUGAAAUAAACAUCAGACACAGGAAUGUGACCUUCCCAGGCACGUUGUUGUGAAAGCCAAGGAUGGACAAGCAAAGCAAGGUGGGGGAUGAAUUUGUGUGUCCCGAGGCCCUCUGGGGGCCUCUGAGCAACCAGCAGGACAUGGUGGAAAGGAUAUUCCGAGUGUCGGUUACCAACAGCGCCGGCGACGUACCUCACGGCAGAGGCGGCCAGAUCUGGGUGCAACUGCGAGGGUCGGACCGGGACGUGAAAGCCGCAAAGAUCUUUGUGAGAGGACUCGUGAAGCCGGAGGAACAGCAGGAGAUGUCUUACCCAGCGGUCCUCAACUGCAUUUUCUGCGGCGCUAAGGGGUUCUUCAUGGACUGCAUGAUCAAGAGCACGUCAGCGUACAUUGUGGUGGGUUCUCCAGGUUUCCUGCUCAUAUCUGGUCUCGCCGAGCCUGUGGUGCGAGCCUAUUCCCUCAUCGCAGAUCUUUUGGAGAGAUAUAAGGGAGGGCACACCGAAGAACAAGGUUCUGAUGAGUUGUCUCCGCGGGCCUUCAAAGCUCUCGUAGAGAAAUGGCAGGACCGCCACAUCUUGGAUCUCCUCUUACUCCCGAGAUCUGUGAAGGAAUCCCUGCUGGACUUGGUAAAAGAGUUGGGAUUUGAGUCGAACCUGAUGCCAGUUCAAGUGAGUAAAGUCCCUGGGAUGACUUCGGUUGCUCCCGAGGACCAGGCUGAGGUGGGACGAGAGGAGGGGCCGAAGCAGGUGGCGAUCCAAAAAGACGACAAGGUGCAGAAGCUAUCUGCGGCCAACAAGGAUUUCUGGCAUUUGUUGAAAUUCUUCACAGCCAUGGGGUACACGGAGGAGGUGGUGAAAAGGGUUCUUGGGCGAACGGGACCCAAAGAAGCCUCUCAGAUCCUGGACCUGGUUCAGCAAGAGCAGGACAACAGCGACGGUAAUCAUCAGCGCGUGAGGGACUCGCCUUGUGAGACUGAUGACGAAACAGUUGGAGCGGGAGGCGGACGAGGUGUCAGAGAUGUGCCGGGUGAGGUCGGCGAGCGUCUGGGCGUCAGUGCGGAGGAGGACGAUGACUUUGUGAUGGGAGUCCUGAAGAAAGCCGCCGUUAGCUGUGGUUACAUGGAGCACAACGUGGCCAAAGCUUGUAGCAAGUUGCCGGAUGGAUCCACCCAUCUGCUGCUCCUGGAGUUGCAGAAAGAGGCAAACGCUGGUAUGGAAGGCUUGAAGGAGGGCCAGAAAGCUAGAAUGACCGAGGAUGAUGAGACAAGAGGAACCCACCGAGGGAAACAGAACAUGAAGGGUUCAGAAAACGCAAACCAAACGGAACAUUCUGUGAAUUUAGAUUUGCUGUGCACGAAUGACAUCCUAACGCAUCUACCUCCCGACCCUUUAAAAGGACUUCCCGCGCCGAUGAUCCCGUCACAAUCUCUGCCUCAAAGCCCAAGCCGCUCCAAGCAAGCGCUCCAAGAUCAGCGCUCUCCAACAAGACCCAGGGAAAAUGGCAAUGUGGUAGUGACGGGCAAGCAGCGCUUUCUAGAGGGACUUCAGACGCCCUUUGAACUCCAGCUAACCGACCGACCGGGGAACCCUAAUCUGAGGACCAUCAUCAUAGACGGGAGCAAUGUUGCCAUGAGCCACGGAUUAUGCCAAUUCUUCUCAUGUCGCGGGAUCGCUUUGGCUGUUCAGUAUUUUUGGGGGCGGGGUCAUCGGGAAAUCAGUGUCCUGCUGCCCCAGUGGCGACAGAAGAGCGACCCCCGCAACAGAGAGCAGCGCUAUCUAGACGAGCUGGAGAAGCUCGGCCUGCUGUCCUAUACACCCUCCAGGGAGGUCCAGGGCGCCAGGAUCAGCUCAUAUGACGACAGAUUCAUGCUGCAACUCGCGCAAAGGACAGGCGGCGUGAUUGUGACCAAAGACAAUAUGAGGGACCUUUUGAAAGAGUCGGCCCAGUGGCGGGACAUCAUCAAAAAGAGACUGCUUCAGUACACGUUUGUUGGAGAUCAUUUCAUGGUUCCAGAUGACCCUCUAGGAAGAGGAGGACCUCAUUUGGAUGACUUCCUCCUUUCAGAUAAGAGGUGAGAAGUUUCAUAUCAAUCUGAAAUAAAAGUUUUUUUUUUUGUUUUUUUUUACAAAAAUUGCCCUUCCAGGACACCCGACCCAGGGAACAGUUCAUUUGCUGGCAUGGCCACGAAUCCCCCUCCCUUUGCUAAAGUACACAAAUUCCCUGAAAGAACCCCAGGUGACGCUCUGAACGGAGCGUCGGGCGAGGGGCUGAUAGUGGGCCACCAGCACCCUGAG